AAAGGUCAGAGCUGAUGACACACCCUCCUUUGUUCAAAACCAAUGAGAGUGGAAGUGGGGCAUUUUGCCCUAGGGAAAAACUUACCCCUAGAACUGUUAAUCACGCAUCACUUAACUGUUGCCAAUGUGUUCACAACGGUACACCCUCUGUUGGGAUUUUUACCUCUACUACUCUCAUUUUUUGGUAUAUUUAGUAUGGAUAGUAGACAACAAUGGCUUACCAGACUGAAAAAUGAACUUAGCAACAGUCCUCUGGUCUCAAAUGUGGCUUUUGGAUUUAUCCUCAUGGGACUAGAGAAGCUGGUGGAGCUGGAGUUUGAGUGUCCUUGCAAUCCUAAAUGGAACGGAGUGUUUUCAUCUGCCUUCUUCAUCAUUCCUGCUGUCAUGGCCUUCACGUUGAUGCUGAUCAUUCAAGGAUGCAGGUGCGAUACAUGGUGCCAGAAGACUGUGUCUUUUUCCAGUUUUGUUCCUGCAAUCGUCUGGCUGAUCUUGUUGUUCCUCGAUGGCCAGUACUUUGCUUGUGCAAUGACAGACUGGAAGGGCAGAUUUGUCAUAGUUGAUAAAGCAGCACCACAGAAAUGGUGUGAGCCAACUAGUGAGGGAGAUGUCACACCGCAAGAACUAAUGCUCCGCUCGCAGCAGCUAUUUGUUGUGUCUCAGGUUAUAGGUAUAUUUCUUCUCAUAAUCAUCUGUGUGGGACUCAUAGUGUAUGUGAUCAGAGAGAGCUGCCAGCAGGAGUCUGAGAUGCAGGAUGCAGACGUAGCAGAGCUCACCGUGCUCAGGAUGAGCUCUCUGAGAACCAGGACAACGUGAGAGGACAGGCUCCUCCACCCCACCCAUCCUCUCACCUGGCUGGCCUGCCCGCUGAGGCAGCUCUCAGAUGGUUCUGAUGGCUCUGAGGCCCUUGCCAUAGCCCAUGCCUUGUAUAGAGACUUUGUAAAUUACCUGAAUUGACAGCUUCGUUUGAAAGUACUCUUUCUAUUUGUAAAUAAGGAUAUUUUUGGGGGGGGAGUUCUUUUACCAUUUUUGGGAUUUACCUUUUGCAUUUUCAAUGACCCCAUCACUCAGAGAGUGAGUGCAUUUCAUGAAACUAAUGACAGAAAUGCCCACAAACGGUUGCAUGCGGCACCCAUGGAAUGUAUAUGAGAGCAACAUACGUGUAAACCAUGAACAUAGGUGUAUACCAUGAACAUACGUGUAUACCAUGUGCAGGCUUUUCUUUCAUUAUCAUCAACCGCAUUUGGCCCAGCAACAGUGGGGAUCCACUUACACACUGUCAUGUCAUGGACCUGCCUUCAAUGAAAUAUACGUUUAUACAGUCAUACAGGCAAUUUUAUACUAACUGGUUGAGCCAGUUUUAAUUGGUUGCUUCAUGAUGUCAGUACCUCAUGUAUAUUUUCUACUUAAGACAUUUUGACUAAUUUCAGACCCAGUUCUAGGUCAAAUAGAAUGUACAGUACCGGUAAAAAGUUUGGACACACCUACUCAUUCCAUGGUUUUUCUUCAUUUUUAAUAUUUUCUACAUUGUAAAAUAAUAGUGAAGAUUUCAAAACUAUUUGACCAAGGAGAGUGAUGGAGUGCUGCAUCAGAUGGCCUGGCCUCCACAAUCACCCGACCUCAACCCAAUUGAGAUGGUUUGGGAUGAGUUGGACCGUAGAGUGAAGCAAAAGCAGCUAAAAAGUGCUUAGCAUAUGUGGGAACUCCUUAAAGACUGUUGGAAAAGCAUUUCAGGUGAAGCUGAUUGAGAGAAUGCCAAGAGUGUGCAAAGCUGUCAUCAAGGCAAAGGGUGGCUACUUUGAAGAAUAUAUUUUGAUUUGUUUAACACUUUUUGGUUACUACAUGAUUCCCUAUCUGUUAUUUCAUAGUUUUGAUGUCUUUGCUAUUAUUCUACAAUGUAGAAAAUAGUUUUUAAAAACUUUAAAAAACUUGAAUGAGUAGGUGUAUCCAAAAUUGUGUCUGGUACUGUAUCUGACGCCCAUUCUGCAGCUGGGCUGGGCUACGCUGCACUUCACUUCCUAUGGUUUCCUGUUCUGGCCAUCUGCAGGUAUAUACUAAAGGACUGGUCUUUACCCUGGCUGGGAGGUGUACCUCUCUUGGAUUGGCCUUCUCAUUCUGUUGUGAGGCCCAUCCCAUCACUCCCAGACCACUGACUUCCAGGCUCAAACCCAGGCCCAGCUAAACUACAUACAGUAGUUGACAUUAUUCAGAGAAAAUGGAUAUCUCUCAUACUAAGCAAAAUAUGUACAUGUAGCACUGUUGAAAAGGAGUCGUGUUAUGUGUCGUCUCAUGUUUAACACUGGAUAUUAGGUUUAACCAGGGACAAAUUAAAAUGUAACAACUGGUCUGUCUGUACAAUGCAUUUGUUAUAACAUAAAUUAUUUAUUUAAUGAAAAAAGCUCAGGCUUUUGUACAGUUCUGUAACACAUGCAGAAUACAAUAUUAUGACUAUUACUAUCAAAACAGAAGUUAUGCCAUCAUUUACAUGAUGAAAUAUAAUACAUAUGAAAUGUUUUUGGCUGCAGAACAUAAUGUAAUAAAACACCGCUAUUAUCCAUCACUGUCAAGUAGGCAACUAUCCAUUAUGCUAACAAGUGGCAUCAAUCUCUCUUGCAAGUAAAUAAUGUAUUUACAUUUUUUCUUUCUCAAUGAAAUUUGUAUUUUAUUUGAUUGUAUUUCACCUUUAUUUAACCAGGUAAGCUAGUUGAGUUCUCAUUUACAACUACGACCUGGCCAAGAUAAAGCAAAGCAAUUCGACACAUACAACAACACAUGGAAUUAACAAACAUACAGUCAAUAAUACAGUGGAAAAAGUCUAUAUACAGCACGUGCAAAUGAGGUAG